AGAAAGAUGGCCGCCGCUAAUCUCAGCUAAAUGUUGAUACUCUGAAAUGUCUCUCUCUCGGUCGUUGUGGCGCUUUUAUUCCUCGGUUUCAAAACACAACCCCGUCUACAGAGUCUGCACAGAUCUGGCUCGGAAAUAAGCGCCGGUUCGAGCCCUCGGAGCCCCCGGGGAGGAGUUAGUGAGCGCCGGGCUGGUGUUGGUCCAGCAGCGGCUCGUCCUGCUGCAGCUGCCCGCCAGGGAUUGUGGGAAACAUGGCAGCUCCUGUAAACGUCCAGAAUCCCAGUAAGACCUGGGAGCUGAGCUUGUAUGAGCUGCACAGAAGUCCUCAGGUGGCCAUCGUGGACGGGACGGAGGUGGCCGUGUCUCCUCGUUCGUUGCACAGCGAGCUCAUGUGUCCCAUCUGCCUGGACAUGUUAAAGAACACGAUGACCACCAAAGAGUGUCUGCACCGCUUCUGCUCCGACUGCAUCGUCACUGCGCUGCGAUCAGGCAACAAGGAGUGCCCGACCUGCAGGAAGAAGCUGGUGUCCAGACGGUCGCUGCGCAGAGACUCCAACUUCGACGCGCUCAUUUCCAAAAUCUACCCGAGCCGUGACGAGUACGAGGCGCACCAGCGCAGCGUCCUGGAGCGGCUCAACCGGCUGCACAACAAGGAAGCGCUGAGCUCCAGCAUCGAGGAGGGGCUCCGGCAGCAGGCCCGCUACAGGUCCGAGAGGAACCACCGGGUGAAGAAGCCGACCCAAGAGAGUGACAACACCACCUUCAGCGGCGGGGAGGACAACGGCGACUCCCGCUCUCACGUGUCCCACGACUCGGCCCCGUCAAACACACCAAACCCCCGCGGUCAAACCCCCACGGAGGCCGGGCCGAGCCGCAAGCGGCGCUGCGCCUCCGACGAGGGCUCGGGGCCCGAGGCCGACAGCGGGAGUCCCACUCCCCCCCUGAGACGCCGCAAGGAGGGGACGGCGUCGGAGAUCGAGCUGGUGUUCAGGCCACACCCACAGCUGGUCCACGGCCAAGACUACAACCAGACCAGAUACGUGAAGACGACCGCCAACGCCACAGUGGACCAUCUGUCCAAAUACCUGGCCCUACGCAUCGCUCUGGAGGACAAGCAGGCGAACGGAGAGGCGGAGGAGGCCAGAGAGGAGGAGAAGGUGGCAGAGGGAGGAGGAGAACCUGAGGGAACGUCAAGGAGCCGAGAGGGAACCAACCUGACCAAAAUCAGCGAGAAACAAUACACCAUCUACAUCACGACGAGGGGAGGACAGUUCUCUACGCUCAACGGCUCUCUGACUCUGGAGUUGGUCAAUGAGAAGUACUGGAAGGUGAGGAAGCCGCUAGAGCUUUACUACGCCCCGACGAAGGAGCAGCAGCAGCCGCCACCGCCGCCGUCUCCCCCGCAGAAGGAGGCUUGAGGAAGAACGGACGGCUGCUUUCCUCUCCACCCGCCUCCUGUUUAUCAUAGACAUGUAUCCGUAUCCGGCCCAUGGAGCUGCUGCGAUACGCCAACGUCGCCGCCAU